AUGUUCCGCUCCCGAUUAAGGACGUCCGGCCUGGCGCUCGCCCAGAGCCUGCGACCCUCGACGACGUCGACAGCAUCCCGAUUUGCCGCGCCGCUCGCCACACGCGCCAUUCACCAUGUCCCGACGCUGAAACACGACUUUUCCGAGGGCGUCCCCAGCCUCAUGAGCCCGGGAGGCUUCAACAUUGCCUGGUCAGAAUACAUGGCGCUGACGCGCAAGCCAAACCGCGAGCGCUUUCUGUCUCGCGCCAUUGGACGGGACACACCUCGCAGGGACUCUAGACUGACAGACAAAUUGCUUCUCCCAGGUACCGAAUUUGAAGACAAAGACACCAAGACCAUCGCCCUCAUGACCGCCCGCGAACCUAACCAGGCCCCCAUCUUCAACUACGCCUCCAUGGCGCAUAACAACCACUUCUUCUUCCAGGGCAUCGCCCCCGCCCCCGUCGCCAUGCCCGAACAACUACGCGGCGAGCUCGAAGCCUCCUUCUCCUCCGUCGAGACGCUCCGUCGCGAGAUGGUACUCACGGCCUCGGCCAUGUUCGGCCCCGGCUUCGUCUGGCUCGUCAAGACCGGGCCGGCCGCCUACCGCGUCCUGUCCACCUACCUCGCCGGCUCUCCCUACCCCGGCGCCCACUGGCGCGCCCAGUCCACCGACAUGAACACCGUCGGCGACCAGGGCAGCGCCCGCUCCUAUUUCCGCAACCAGUUCCAGGGCACGCAACAUCGCGGCGGCAACCUGGCGCCCGGCGGUAUCGAGCUGCAGCCCCUGUUGUGCCUCAACACCUGGGAGCACACCUGGCUUCUGGACUGGGGCGUCGGCGCUGGUGGCAACGGUGGCAAGGCUGCGUUUGCAGAGGCUUGGUGGGAGCUCGUUGACUGGGAGCUUGUUUCUAGCCGAGCUGGUCUUACGCGCCAGGCUCUCAAGGGCGCCAACUAA